AACAUAUAAUUAGAACCGGACAGCUCACGUACGAUAGUCUGAUAUUAUUUGAAACUUAUAGAACAAAUUCAGGGAGAGAUUCAGUGAGAGAUCAUUCUGUGCUAACUAUCUGUGUAAUGCAGCAGUGUAUAUUUAAUGAUGUCACAAUGAUGCAAACACCAAUCAAUGUCAUCUAGCAGCAGUAUAAAUAACGUUAGACUGAGAAUUGAUCCCUGUGGUACUCCUCUGUAAACUUCAAAUUCUUUUGCACAUAUUCCACUGUAAUUUACUAGUUUAUGUUGGUUAAACAGUCUAGAACCAUGACAAGGCAAAGCCUGAUAUUCCAUACGAAGAUAGCUUGGACAAUAAUAAUAAUUGUACUUCUUAGUUUAAGCAUAGCAUAAUGACUUAAAAACAGGUAGAAAUAACUCCAAUUAAUUCAGUUGUGAAAUCGACUGGUAUGUAUCAACUUAACAGUUCGCUGUAGUGCAUGGUGCCAUACAUUAUUUUAGUAAACAUUAUGUUUCAAGCGGGGGAGGUAACAAAAUUGUAUACAGACUAGGUCAAGGGCAUCAUGUAGGGAAAUUUUUACUUGCUGUGUUUCAAUCCUUUUAUUCCUCAUUAUCAAACCCAGAGUACUUAAAUAAUUAAAACAAACCAAUACUCUAAGUUGUCUGGAAUGAUCCUUGAACUUUUUUUAUGUAUUCUCACGCUGUUUAUUAGACAAACCCAUUUUACUGUGUGAUUAUAUACUCUAUGAACUUCUUUUGAUCUGGAUUUUGUAGAUGUUAUUGUAUUGUAAUCAUAAAGUUGCAACCAAAUUGUUUAGAAACUAAAUGAACGUUGUUCGUCAUAUUCUACAACGUCCAGUAAAUUUACGAUUUGCAGCUGGAAUGAGUGAAAAAUCACAGGAGAUUACUGUUUUGCAUGAGAAAGACAAAAACAGGUUCAUCGUUUAUUUAGAAAAAGGAACUGCGUUAUUGGAUUACACCGUAAAAGACAACACAUUAGAUUUGUAUCAUACUGAAGUACCAACAGCUUAUCGAGGACAUGGGAUCGCCAAACAUUUAGUUAAAGACGCCUUGCAAUAUGCAGUCGACAGCUCCUUCAAAAUAAAACCAACAUGUUCCUAUGUUUUGAAAUAUGUAAAAGAAAAUCACGAUCCAGCUCAUGACGUUGUGACGUAGCAAGUUAACAAAUUAAAAUCAGCAAAAUCAACUAUAUAGAUCGUUCCCGGACUUUAAAUUCAGAAAAGUUCUGUAGAAAUGAAAGAAAUAAAACCGUUGUUUUUAAAAAA